AGGUGGCGAGCGAAGCGAGCCACCGUGCCCGAAGCGUGGCGAGCGUACUUUUCUUGUACCUUGUUCGGCCGUAGCUCCUCCCCCUGGUGACGGGUCUCCUCCCCUAGGUACGCCAGAAGGUCCCUUCUCCCACUCCGAUAUAGAACCAACCCUGUAGUGAAGGGGAACUAGCCCCUGCCCCUUUGCUUUGUGACAGAGCGAAGACGCGGAGCUGCUGCUGCUGAGCCUGAGCGCGACGGGGACAUGAGAUUCCGGCAAUCUGCGUCUCCCUCUGCCCUGCCAUCCUGCCUGCCCCAGCCGUGCCAGUGACUGCCCCAGUCUCGCCUCCCAAUGCCCCAGCCAUCCGCCUCACAGGCAGCUCCAUUACCUAUCUGCUCUGCGCUUCCCCACACCCUCCGCUCAGCCCGGAUCGUCACCCCCAGCAGCUGAGACAUCCUCCGCCGGCUCCACCAGGACUCUCCCUUCAGACAGGAGGCAGCAGAAGAGCCGGAUCGCCGGGCAGUUUGGUGAUUACCGGGCAGCGCCGCACGAGAGAGCACGCCUUUGUACAUAGCCACUCUGAAACAAAUGGAUGCUGUGACGAGCAGAAGCCUGAAAAGAAGAUUUGAAGAGGUGGACGUGGGCUCACCAAUUUCUACAUCCAAAGAUUCUGAUGAUGAGAUCUCAAACAGCGACAGUGCAGAAAGCUGUGACAGCAUUAAUGCUCCCACCACCACUGGACUCAUCCCAACAUCCAUCCUGAAGCGACAGAAACUCUUGAGACAAAAGAAUGUGCGCUUCGACCAGGUGACUGUAUACUACUUCUCCCGCCGCCAAGGAUUCACCAGCGUUCCGAGCCAAGGGGGCAGCUCUUUGGGAAUGGCCCAGCACCACAAUUCUGUCCGGAAGUACACGCUUUGCGAGUUCGCCCAAGAGCAAGAGGUGACGCAUCGAGAAAUCUUGCGAGAGCACUUGAAGGAGGAGAAGCUUCACACACGGAAAAUGAAGCUGACUAAAAACGGUACAGUGGAGUCUGAAGAAGCUGACGGCCUCACCUUGGAGGAUGUAUCUGAUGAAGACAUAGAUGUAGACAAUGUAGAAGUGGAUGAUUACUUCUUCCUUCAGCCAUUACCAACAAAGAGGCGCCGAGCUCUGCUACGUGCAGCUGGUGUCCACCGUAUAGAUGCAGAUGAGAAGCAGGAACUCCGAGCCAUCCGUCUUUCCAGAGAGGAAUGUGGGUGUGACUGUCGCCUCUUCUGUGAUCCCGAAGCUUGUCCAUGCAGUCAGGCUGGGAUCAAGUGUCAGGUGGAUCGUAUGUCUUUUCCAUGUGGGUGUUCCCGAGAUGGCUGCAGUAACAUAGCUGGUCGUAUAGAAUUUAACCCUAUCCGUGUAAGGACUCAUUACCUCCAUACUAUCAUGAAACUUGAGCUGGAAAACAAGCGCCAGCAACCACACCCCCAACCUCUUGAAGAGAAGCUUCCUCAUGCCUCUCUUACUGCCCAUUCACACCAGGAGACACAGGACUUUAAUGAAUUCAUUGCUGAGAACUAUCACUUGGAGAACGAAGCUGCUGUCCGCCACCUGCAGAGUGCAGAGGAACGCCAAAGGCUGCUUGAUGAAGGCGAUGAGGCCUCUAGUGGCUCUAGUCUCAGUCUGGACUCAAGUGUUGAGAGUCUAGAGGUCUGCCUUCUGGAGACGCCCAUCUCUCUGCCGCCGUCCACCUGCCAUACCUCCAUCAGUCCUGGCUUGUUGUCUUCUGGUUCCUCUGUCCUCUGUUACACUGAUGAGGAUUCAGGAAGACCAGCUACGCCACCGGAUUACACUGAUGUAAAUGUUUUUAUCUAUGAUCACAACUCAACAGGCUUAGGCACAGGGUCUGUAAUGACCAAAUCUGUCCACUCUAAGACCACAGAGCUAAGUGGUUCUAUGAAGGUAGAUGCAGACGAUUGCGCAAUGAUGACCCCCUGUUCCAAAGAGGUUAACCCAGUGCCAGGGUCUGCUGGGAAUUCCUCACACUUGGCAAUGCAAACUAACCAGCCACUAGAAACCUCUGUAAGUGACGAGGGAAAGCUGCAGGAAAAUUCUGACAGCCAAACCUCCUGGCCACGCCAGCAUUUUUCUGCAGAGAAUUCAUUGACCGUGUGACGUUAUUGGCAAGUAUUUUGCACAAGUGACUCCAACUUCCCCCCUCCACUUAUACUUCCUGUCCCUCCCUUCUAUAACUACCCUGUGCUCACCAGUGAGAGAUAUCUAUUUAUACUUUGUCUUCAUUCCCCAACCUCCAUUUUUGUUAGAGGGUCAAAAAAAUAAUUAUAUAUAUAUAUAUAUAUAUAUAUAUAUAUACACCAUGGGUGGAGGAGAGAAAAGCAGAGAUGGUCCCUUUUUUUCCUAUAUUUGUUUUGGAAGAACGGUGAUAACUUGAAAUAUGCUUUGCAAUUAACAGUUUGUCCAAACCAGUAUAAUACCCCUGCUAACUUGCCAUGGAGUACACUUGGCUUAGUAGGUACGAUGUUUACCAUGUUGCUGGGUUUUGUUGCAAUAUUUGCCCCAUUUCUUACUUGGUGACCACUAUGACCUUGUAAAAGACACUAUUUAAACACUAGUUUUUAUAACUUUAUUGACAAGUCAACAAUGCCGCAGCUAUGGCUCUAUGGCCAAAUUAAAAUGAAUUAAAGAGAAAUCCUGUUUGGCAAGACCAGUUUCCCGCUGGGAGGCAAUCUACCGUUUUUCCUGUGCAUGAUUCUGACCGUCAGAUGGUUGUAGCUUUCUGGCGCCCUGUGACAGCCAAUGGAAGCUUAAUGUGUAUAUAACAUGCCCUGGUAGUAUGGUGCUAUUAAGUAGGAUUAGACUGACAUCUCAAGUGUUUGGAGAGCGGAGCUGCCUUUUUGUUUUACUUUUUAAGUUUCAAAUGACAGUGCAAAAGCACUUUAUCUUCAAGACCUAAAGGACUCUCCUUUUUAAAGCUGCUAAUCUUCAACCUGGACAAUUGAAGGGGAUAGGUGUAAUUUUUGUGCUCUCAAAUGUGCUAGACUUUCACCCUUAUGGAUUACGCUAUCCAUUUAAAGCAUUGAGCCAAUUUCAUUAAGGGGAUUGUGCACGUGUAUAAACAAUCAAUGUGUAUAAGGUUCAUUGUUAAGUAGGUUUUUACUUUGCAUUGUUGUGUUAAAUUAUGAAAUCAUCUGAGAGAUGGGAUAAAAGAUAUUUAUUUCCGAGUACUGAUGAUCAGCCUGUUUCAUUCUUAUUUUAGCAAACUUUUUAAAAGCAGAUAGGCCCUGCAGAGUGUAAUGCUUCUGUUACUGUCCUAAACCAGUCGUUGACAAUCUAAGAUUGAUCUAAUCUGAUUAGUAAAUGAGUUUAAUUUGGCUAAUGAGGUUGUUGCCACCUUCAGCUAGGAUAGUGCGGAGUUCAAUCUUUGUAGAGUUUAUUUUCAUUUUAACGCACAAAGGUUAGAUUUGGUUAUUUUUAGUUUAUUGUAAACCCAUAAUAAAUGUAAAUGCAGCCAGUGGUUUGAGGCCAGGAGGAGUCUGCAUACUGAAAAUAAAUGCACUGGAGCAGUGUUGGAGGUCAGAGGUACAGUAAGUCAUGGAAAGGUAAUCAUGUAAGAGAGCCCGAAGAACAUGCAAAUAAUGUCCAUUACCCACCAGCCUUCAGUUAUGGUGUAUAGUGCCUAGGAGUCAGGCCUGUCCGUCCACUCUGCUCCCAUUGCUUGUUCCUGCAUUGAUUAACUCGACCAGGACUACAAGAAGUUCUGCUCAGAUGUUAUUUUCCUCUGAUUUUCUUUCUCCUCUGAUUUCUGUAAGUACUUAUCAUGCUUUGUGAAAAUGAUAGUUUGCUGUCUGUGACACAAGUAAGAACAGACGCUUGUAAUUUAAUGUAAAUAGCCUAAGAGCCAUGAUCUAGAUUAAGGUUCUUUAGGCAUGCCUAAAUUUGCAUAUUUUCCAAUUCUACCAGCAAUACAAUUGGUGACCAACUCAUUCUAAAAGAUUCCCAUGUGUUUUGUAUUUUUUAAUUCCUUAACUUGACGAUCUAGAAAACAUGCACUUUUAGGGAUAACAGAAGGCACAAUUUAAGACCAUUGGUUCUAGAACCAGGUAUCUCAACUUGAUUCCAAAAGUAUGUUCAGUAAUUAUUGUAUUGAACGAUUCCUAAUUCUGUUUUGGCAGUUACUUGAGGGCUGUGUUGUGAGAACCUGUUUAGUAUCAUUGCUGUCAAAGUUUUUCAUGGGUAGUUGAACAUAAAUACAUGUUCAUAGGGAAUACAUACUAUUUACCGGCGGCCAGGGUGCCAGCUGUCAAGAUACCGACAGCGGCACCCCAGCCGCCAGAAUGCCGGCAGCAGGGCGAGCGCUAGAAAGCCCAUUGCAGGCUUAUAUUCUCCCUCUAUGGGCGGUAUUCAAUUCUUUUCACCCCUUUCCACACCCGUUCUAUUUUUGCCCUCGGGUGCGUGGUAUCAUUAUUUCAGCUCGCUACCUCCGGAGUAGCGAGGCACCCAACCCUUUUACACGGCUAAACCUGAUUAUAAUGGGCACGAUAUGCACAAUAACAGGGAUCAUUUUAGAAACGAGAUUAGGCGUGAUAUAUCAUUUGAAUACCACCCUAUGGGUGUCGUGGACACCCACAGAGGGAGAAAAGCCUGUGGCGCCGGUAUUUCGGUGGCGGCAUUUCACCGCCUGUCAGUAUUCCGGCGGCAGCAUUGUGACCGCCGGGAUCACGACAGGUGGUCUUGUGAUUGCCUCCCAUUUAUAGAAUAAGUCAGCUCAUGGAAUGGUCUGUGUAGGGUUGGAGGGUGGUUGGUGUCACAAAUGAAUACCAUUUCCCUAGAUUAAAUACAGAACUACUUUAGAAUAUUAGUAGCAAAGAAAAAAAAAACUGAAGAUGACUUUAUGUACAAUUUGGUCUAAAGUGGACUUGUUGAAGUCCAGCCAAGGACACCCAUAUAGCUUUCCUUCAUAACUAGUGGGGGAUUUUAAAAUUAGACGGUGCUUAUGUCCGGUCUCUGGACAUAAAUGAUUGACCUAGCGAGUUAAUAUGGGAGGAGAUUGUAAUUGUGGCUGAAAGUUGUAAGGAUACUGGAGUUCUUAUCUUAAGUGAAACACUUCCCUUUAGCCCAUUAAUAGAGUAACAUAAUAGUUUCCAAAAAGUAUGAUGUGGACAGCACAGGCACAAUAAUGACCACGUGAGUUUAAGUGGUAGGUACAGAGUCUACCCACCUUUCCCCCCCCCCCCCCCCUCCCUUCCUUUCAUUUAGCAUAAUGCAUCCAAGGCAUUCAUACACUGGUAACAAUACUUGCUACUUGCUUCAUAGCAGUUGUAUGUAAUCCAUUGACUGAAACAGCCGCCAGUACUUCCAUCCUGUGGGAAGUAUAUCAGGCCUUGGAGAGAGAUAAAGUGGAGUAGUUGCCCAAAGCAAUUAAUCUAGUUCUGUCAUUUCAAAGACUGUGCUGGAUAAAUGGCUGUUAGAAGCGGAGUGGUUUCUUUGGGCAGCUUAUCCUAUUAUCUGUCUCCAAGGCUUGAUAGAUCUCCCCCAUGUCUAUUAUGGGGUGGUGAAAUUGAAACAAUCUUUAAGCAAGACCUUUCAUUUUAUUCUGUGUAGGGGCGGCUUAAGAGAAGAGGGAUCCCGUAUGCAGACUCCAUGUGGGCCCCCUUCUCUCUUGCGGGCCAGAGUGUAUUGUGCAUGCGCACGUCUAUGGGAACAUGGCACUCAAACCAUGUUCCUGGUGAUUUAUGUUUGGUGCAAGUCUCUGAGAGUAUAGUCACCGUAUUGUUUUCCUGGUAAUCAGUGCUGCACCGAUGACGUGGGGCUCUGGAGAUGUAAGUACGAGACAUGGGUACAGGGUGUGUGAUGUGGGCACAGGGGCACCAUGUGCCUUGCACCCAUUAUAGGGCCACCUGCCUCCGCACAUUGGUCUAGAGGUUCACAACGAAGCACUGCGGUCAUGUCACCAUCCACAUUUUUGUAAUAUUUCUAAUUUUUCACAGAUAUUGCCAUUAAAGUUUGUACUACACUGAGGCACACAAUUGUUAGGGGAUAUAGAAAGCAGUACCUCUCCUGAUUCGGUAACAUAAUAUACAUAAUCUGUGGUUUCUCCUAAUAUCAAUUACUAGAUUCAUUUAGUUUAUUUACAGAUGCAGAACAAUUGAAUAGAAUAGGCUACAGUGCCUUCCAUUCAAUGCAGCUUGGCGUGAUUAUAUAGACAGAGAAUAGUAUAGUGGAGAUUACACUGCAAGAACACGCAAUAUACUUCUUCUGUUUUUUAACUUUUGCUAAUUACUUUGUAAAAUCUGCUCUAAUGCACUUGUGCUUUAAUAUAGAUGACGGCUUUUCACACGAAUGGUCACAAUAUAUGUAAAAUGACAACAGCCUCUAUAUUUUCUUGCAACAGACUGGCAUUAGGAGGUUUAGGGGGACAUUUACUAAGCAGUGAUAACAGUAGCGGAUCUUGCCACGGGCAAGCAGGACUUUUGCCCGGGGCGCCACCUUCCGGAGGGCGCCGGCGCCAUCCGGAGGGCGCCGCACCAUGGCAAGAUCCGCUGCUGCUGUGGUGCCCCCCGCUGUCCUGCUGUCUGCUGUGAAGGGAAACUAGACGCUACGCGUCUAGGUUCCCUUCCUGGAGAGGACCUUAACUGUAAUGAUGUGCGGUGCGCGUUGACGUCAUCGC